AACAUCACGAGGAAUUAAAAGCUACUCUCGAGUUCCUGAAAAUUAAAUUAAUAAAAAGUCAUCAAGAUAAGCUGGUUCACUUUCAAGACUGCGACCGAAAUAUCGCUAUGAUGAAAGAUAAAAUAAAGGACACAUUAUUAAACACAAAUAUGCGUCUAAAUUAUGUUGAAAAAUGGUUGUUUGCAAGGGGAGAGGCUUUAGAUUUACAGCAUCGUGUGGAAAUCACACCAGCACCCAGUCAAGACAUUGAGAAACGCGUCCACGAUCAAGUGGUCGAGGCUUAUGAACUACAGACAAAGGAAAGAGAGGAUUCAUUAAAGUACUGGCAAGCGCGCUACGCAAUAGAUACUGCUGAUAUAAACGCUAAAUUAAUUAAUCAAUGUGAGCGAUUGAGGGAUGCGGUGUCUCGGCGGACCGAGCUGCAGAAAUUGUUCGAUUUACACGCGGGAGAAAUGCGCGCAUGGCUGACUUUUAAAAGGGAGCGCGCAGCUAGGCUCGCUCGUGAGGAACGCUCGCGCGUGGCCGCUACGCGCAUUCAGGCGUGGUGGCGUGGUGUCAUGGUACGGCGAUGCCUUGGAGUAUUCCGUCAAUUAAAGAACACCAAGAAAGCACCUAGUAAAAUGAAAAAGAAAUAA